CUGCGUUUUCUUUCGGAAGGGACGGGAGCCUGAAACUCUGAAAUCUCUGAAUCCCUUUCUUCGAUCAGAUCGCGGAAGGUUGUCCACAAUGCGGCUCGUAGUCGUAGCUCUCUCCUUUCAGGUCCUCCUGCUACUCUGUAGCUUCUCCUUCUCCAUCCGAACCAACUACACCUCCAUUUUUAGCUUCGGCGACUCCUUCACUGACACUGGCAACUUCGUGAUCAUCGGCGGCCCAACGACACCCAAUCUGCUUAUAAUCAACCCGCCGUACGGGAUGACCUUCUUUGGCCACCCCACCGGACGCAUCUCUGAUGGGAGAUUGGCCAUCGAUUUCAUUGCUGAAGCGCUUGGGCUCCCUCUCCUUCCGCCGUCCAUGGCGGUGAACCAGAGCUUCCGGCAAGGCGCCAACUUCGCGGUGGCCGGAGCCACGGCGCUGGACCGGGAAUUCUUCGUGCGGGACGGCGACACGAGCGUUACUAGGUACAACAUCUCCCUUGGCGACCAGCUCGCGUGGUUCGACGCCAUGAAGCCAUCCCUCUGCGGCUCACCCCAAGCAUGCCAGGAGUACUUCGCGCAGGCGCUGUUCGUCGUCGGGGAGUUCGGCUGGAACGACUACGCGUUCAUGCUCAUGUCCGGCAAGAGCAUCGACGAGGCGCGGACUCGCGUGCCGCAGGUUGUCGGAACAAUUUGUGCUGCCGCGGAGAAACUGAUCGGCGAAGGCGGCAAGACGGUGGUGGUGCCGGGGGUGACGCCGCUGGGUUGCUCGACGUGGAACCUGGUGCGCUUCGCGAGCCAGAACGCGGACUACGAGCCGGACACCGGAUGCCUCAAAGGCAUGAACCGGCUGUCCAGGGAGCACAACAAAGAGCUCCGACAGGCCCUGGCGCGGCUCCGCGGCAGAUCCCCCGCCGGCGUGCGGAUCGUCUACGCCGACUUCUACGCGCCCAUCGUCGACUUCGCGGCGGCGCCGGGUCGCUACGGGUUCGACGGCACGUACGGCGCGCUGCGGGUCUGCUGCGGCGACGGCGGCGGGAGGUACAACGUGAAUUUGAGCAUGGCGUGCGGGACGCCGGGCGUGAGCGCCUGCCCGGAUCCGUCGGCGUACGUGAACUGGGACGGCAUCCACCUCACCGAGGCGGCGAACCACCGCAUCGCCGAUGGCUGGUUCAGGGGCCCCUACGCUCACCCGCCCAUACUCAUGGACACGUAA